AUAAAAUUACAGUCUAUCUUUCGUAAGCUAACUAAAUUUAAACAAAACAUAAACACAUUAAACCCAACAAUACUCAAACAUUAAUAUAAAACAGACAUUAUCUAUAAGGAUACAUGUUAAAACAAUCCGAUAUAGCGUUUAUAAUAGCUGGUUGGUAGAUGUUUAGUAUUUUUGGCAAAACCUCCGUUGCAAACCAACAUUUACAUCAAUAAAAUAAUUUUUACUUUGAAAAUGAUGCGCUGUCGCGUUAAUAUCAGCUGUUCGUUUACAUAAGACUCCGUCUACGUUCAUUUACACUCAGAGCAACGUCUGAGUUCUCAAACUAAAACAGGGUCUUCAGCGUUUGCGAACGAAUCCGUUUAUGAGGGUCGAAAACGGUGAUGUAGUGUACAGUAGAUGAAAGGCGUAAACGUAGCAAAAGUAACGCGUUUUAAAGCAUAAACGCAUUAAUGUAAACAUAGCCAUAGAUAAAAGGGGCAGAAUCGGUUCACUGAGCUUUGGAACAAUGGAUCCACAGAGAAAUGAAGGAAUAGGUCCAAGAGAAGGAGAAGGAAGAGGAGGAGGCAGAAGAGGAGGUAAAGGAAGAGGACAUGGUGAAGGAGGAGGACAUGGUGAAGGAGUAGGAAGAGGAGGAGGACGUGGUGAAAGAGGAGGAGGGAGACGUAGGGCAAGGUGACAAGCAGUCUCAGAUGAAACUCGAGCCACUUUAGUUGACCAUGUCCUUGUCCAUGGUAUGACUAUGAGAGAGGCUGAGCAACGAGUAAAGUCUAAUUUGAGUCGCUUCAUUGUUGCCUUCAUUUUCAGCGCCUUGUGAAUGUGUUAGCAUUUAGCCUAGCCCCAUUAAUUCCUAUGGCUUCAAACAGAGAUAAAUUUAGAAACCACCAAACACUUCCAUGUUUUCCAUAUUUAAAGACUGUUACAUGAAUAGUCACACGAGUAAGUAUGGUGGCACAAAAUAAAACUUAGUUUGGAGCCAUAGGAAUGAAUGGGGCUAGGCUAAAUGCUAACAUAUUCACGACGCGCUGUACAAAGAUUAAAAGUGCAUGCAUUGAAAAAAGAUAGCUAUGUAUUUAUUAAUCUAAGUUGAGGUAAGAACAUAGUAAAAUAUUGAAAAACUGUGGUGUUUUCCUUUAAGGCAGAAUAGUGUGUUUAGUGUAGGUAGCCUACUGUGUUAAUAAUUUGAAUAAAAAAACUGUACAGUAAAAAACUGCUGAAAAGUACUUUGUUUUGAGAAAGAGCUACAUACAAGCUGCAUGUCUAACAUUAUUUUGCAAAUAAAGUUACAUGUAACAUUAGUAGUACAACAGGGCUCAUUCUAAGCAUGAAUGUGUAAGGUUAGUAUCAAACAAACCUGUAAGUUAAGAUUCAACUUCGUACAGACUUUAGAUUUUGGAAUAAUUAUGUAACUACAUUAACUGGCUAUGUUGUUACAGAGUAGUAAAUGUGUUAGGUAACUAGCUACUAUACAUUACCUGUAUAUGUAUUCCAUCCACUUAACCAGGGGAAUCCUAGAGUUAUUAAACAGUGAUCCAUUGCGAAUGGAGAGCCUAACUCUGCGAUGCGUGUUUCUUCGACAUAUCCUUAAAACAGUCCAAAAUAUCAGCAAAUACUGUAUAAGAAGCAAGCUGCAUAAAAUCAAGAUUAACGUUAGAUGAAAACAACGAGUUAAACGUGCCUUAUGCGACUUACCAUAUAUAACCAUCACGUCCGUUGUGGGCUGUAAUUCGCAUCUUUUUUCCACAGUGACGACAACUUGGUGCUUUGCAAAGCAAGCCUUUCUUCUGUAGCCAUUUGAUCAUUAGUUUUCUAUGUUUGCCAUCACUGCAUAAACGUAUCAACUUAUUUAAUUUUCGUGAAUACAUAUCUAGAUACUGCUCAUUUACAAUAACGCUUACUGUGCUAUUUGAAUUUUUGGCGCCUUGCUGGUAAUUGGCUGUCUAAAACGAAACGCGCAGUUGUCACAUGACGUAAUGUAAGCUUUGAUUGGCCUGCUUAGUGAACCGCCAACUUUAGCCCUAUCAGGACUCUUUUUGUUUUUUUGCCCUAUCAGGACUUCGGUAAAUUUAGACAGCAAAACAGUGACGCAGAGUCAGACAGUUGCUUCUCCGUCUUUUGCAAAUAGCAAGCAUCUUCUUUCGUCACUUUUUCAAAGCGGAAUUUUUUUACACUAUGCCACGAAAGAAAGUGGGUUCUUUGAAGAGGAAAUGCCCCCAGCGCAUCGCACCUGACGCCAUGGACCUUUCGAACGAAGAUGAAGAACAUCAGGGUAAAGAUGUCAACAGUGACCUUUCUAUUGAUGCAGUGGCACCUCCAGAAGCAGGACAAUUUGGUGAGUCUACCUCCUUGGAGGAAAAAGAAAAGCUGAAGGUCAUGGCCCAAGAAAUAAAGGCACUUGAAGAGGAGCGAGAUUUUCUCCGUCAGACUGUCCUAAAACUCUCAAAGAGAGGAACAAAAAAGGAAGCAAAGAAAAACUUGGACACAAGCACCGAUUGCACCACCAGUGACACUGAUGAGGAGUCCCUGAGUUCUUCCUCUUCAGAUUCAUCUAAUAGUGACAUUCCUCGGAAGAGGAGAAGAGGUCAUAAAAAGAAGACAAAGCGGGCUAGCAAGCCAAAAUCUACCAAGCACAGCUCACGUGCAACAACCCCAGAUGAUGUACUCAAGCGGUACAAUCGAGUUUUUCAUGCCUUCAAGAAAGAAGGGAGCAUCAGUAAGGCAUGCACCAAAGUUGGAGUUGACCGAAAUACACUUGCAUUAACAGCUGUUCUUGCUGAAAUACAGCUUGUUGAUCCAGAGUUUUAUCGAAGCAUCCCGAAAUUUAAAGCCAAGGAGGAGAAACUCUGCGACUUUGCAAAACGGUGCCUGCAGUCACUGACAGCAGACCUGAGGUCUACCAUAGAAAAUGCCAAAAGAGAGCGUAAACUGCUGCCGAUAACAUAUAAGUUGAGAUAAAAACAUGCAACCUCCAAGCUGCUUUAUCAUGCUUAGAUGUUUUUGUAUGAGGUAUAUUUUAUAAUUUAUGUGUAAUUCAUUUAACAUUUCUUG